AACUGCCAAUUAUGCACCCGAUGCAAUUAUUUUAAUUGGUAUUUAAUGCAGUCAAGUGUCCGGCGAACGGUCACAUUAGACACAGGCCACGAUCAGAAGAAUCAAAUAACAAAAAAAAAAAACGAACGGAUUAAUAACAACAAACGAGACAGAACAAAGUGCAAAAUCAACAGAAAAGAGGAAAAAAAGAGUAUAAAAUCCCACACGAGAGGCAAGACCACGUGAUUUGUUGACACGUAUGGAGCGAAGGAUGAAUCUCUCUUUCGCCGGCUGUGGCUUCUUGGGCAUCUACCACGUGGGAGUGGCCGUGUGCCUCAAGAAGCACGCGCCGCAGCUGCUACUGGAGCGGAUUGCUGGCGCCUCGGCCGGUGCACUGGCCGCCUGCUGCCUGCUCUGCGACCUGCCGAUUGAGACAAUGGCCGCGGACUUCCUGCGGGUGGUGGGCGAGGUGCGACGACACCCGCUGGGUCCCUUUAGUCCCUCGUUCAACCUGCAGAAAUGCCUGCUGGAGGGGAUGCAGCGCGAAUUACCCGAAGAUGCACACGAGAGGGUCAGCGGGCGGCUGCACAUCUCACUGACGCGUGUGCGGGACCGGUGCAAUGUGGUGAUGUCAGAGUUUGGGUCGCGCCAGGAGCUGCUCCAGGCUCUGCUCUGCUCGUGCUUCAUUCCGGGCCUCUCCGGGCUGAUGCCGCCACAGGUGCGGGGUGUCCGCUACAUGGACGGCGCCUUCUCGAACAACCUGCCGCUGCUGGACGAGCACACGGUCACGGUGAGUCCCUUUUGCGGGGAGAGCGACAUCUGUCCGCGGGACCGCAGCUCGCACCUGUUCCACCUGAACCUCAACUGGGCCAACACCUGCAUCCGCAUCUCGCGGCUCAAUCUGUGCCGCAUGGUCCGCAUCGUACUGCCCGGUCGAGCCGAGUUUCUAUCCGCCUUCUGCCAGCAGGGCUACGACGACGCCCUGUACUUCCUCAACCGCAACAACCUCAUUGGACGCCUGCAGGAGUGGGACCAGUGCCAGGAGCGCCAUCUGCCGCUUGCGGUGCGCCACACCAUUGACGUCUACGUGGAGCAGGCCAACAAGGAACUCGGCCAGUGGCUCCUGGACCCCCAGUCGGGCAUUCAGCUGUUCUGCCUGCCCUCCGCCCUGCUCAACGCUGUCGCCCGACUCGCGCCGCCACUGGCCAGGCAAGUCGUCCGAAUGAUCGGACGCCGCCUCAGCCGGUCGCUGACGUUAUGCGAGCAGCCGCACUUUGAUCUCGGCCUGCUGAUGAUGCACUGCAGUUCAGUAGUUCCGCUGCCGCCGCCACGCACACGACAUUCUAGUGAUAACGAUGACACUGCUGGAAUCAGGCUUCCACAAAUAUUGGAGCAGAAUGAGGGCCACUGCGAACGUGUAAGCUCUGCCUCUGUCUUCCACCCGACACAGCCCUCCUCCCCAGAAGAGACUAAGACGCCGACCGAUUUAUGAAUGAUGUGAUCUGAUUGACAAUCUCUAUCCGGGGUUAAAUGCGCUUCAAUUGUGCAUUUCUCAAUUGUUUUGUUGCUGCUCUUUUACUUUCUGUGAUUAUCCCGUUACGAGUGUGUCGCUCUCUUCUCUAGUGUAAAGAAAAAAUGAACAGCAAAGAGCAACAAGUUGCGGUCUCCUUGCUGCGAAACUGCUGGAUGUGUUAUAAUUUGUAUUGAAUCUCAAUUCUGCUUUCGAUGCGAAAGCUGACUGCUGUGACACCAUUAAAUAUGAAAGAAACUAAAUAA